CGCGUCACAAUGGGGAUCCUUGGGGGCGGGCAGGGGGGUGAGGGACCGGGGAGGGGCGGGGGGAUUGGGGGGCUCCACUCUGGCUGCUAGGCCAUCCUGGGCGCUGCAGGAAGCAACAUGACUUAGGUGGCUCUGCCCGGAGGUGCACCAGCCAUGACACCGCAGCCGCAGGUGGAGACAGAUGCCAUCGGGGCCGGCGAGGGGCCGCAGCGGGCCGCGCCCUGGUCGGCCUGGGCCACGCGUCAGGCCUGGGUGCGCUGGUGCCUGUGCCACGUGCCUCAGAGCUGGGCCCAGUGGUGGGCCACGUCGGGCUGGCGGCAGCCACUCCAGCGUGUGCUGUGGGGGCUGGAGGGGAUCCUCUACCUGCUGCUGGCGCUGACGCUCUGCCACGCGCUCUUCACCACCGGUUCCUACCUGCUGAGCUCCCUGUGGCCCGUCGUGGCCGCCGCGUGGCGCCAUCUGCUGCCAGCCAUCCUGCUGCUGGUGCUCAGCGCCCUCCCCACCCUGCUUUUCACCGCCUCCUUCCUGCUGCUUUUCUCCACGCUGCUGAGCCUCGUGGGCCUCCUCACCUCCAUGUCUCACCCAGACUACACUCAGGACUUGGACCAAUAGAAGGGCAACCCCAUCCCGCUGCCUGUGUCUGUUGAGCCCUGGUCUAGGGCCUGAGGCCCCAGGGAGGGGGAGGGCAGUGGCUUCAGCAGGCCCCAGACCCCACCCCCUCAGCCCCCCAGCCCCGCCCCUGCCCCGUCCCUAGCACUGCUCGGGCCAGGCAUGAUGUGGCCUAGAGCUGGCCGGGUAGACCGGCCCGACCUCUGGCCACCUCCCUCAAGCCGAUGCUCCAGGUCCUCAGUGUGGGGCAUCGGGGGCUUUAAGAAGAAGGGGCAGGGCAGAAGAGGGAGCCAGGGGCAGAGCGUGGCCAAGCCGCCGAGAGUUCCCACAAGGGUGUGGUGACACCACCAGGGCUCCCUUGGCAACUGGCAGCUGCUUUUCCUCACAGAUGCUCAGCUGUCUCAUCCGCAGACUCAUUGAGAACUUCUAGCUCUGUAGCCCUGGUACUAACGCCCCUCUUUCCCCAAGCUCUAGAAAGGGGCCACUGACAGAAACCUAGCUGAGAGAGGGCUGGCCAGAAGCCCCGUGAGACCUCAACUAACUCACCUCCCGCUCCUUUCUGCCCAGGCAUCCCCCACUCCCUAGACUCCCUACUUUCUGCCUCAGUGAGCACCCCCAAGUCUGGGAAGUGGGCCAGCUAGGGUAGUGAGGAUCCCAGAGGAGAACUACUUUAAGAUUCCUAAGGUCUGUGAUGGAAAAAUGAACAAGAAGUCCCAUUUCCCCACUUACACAAUGUGUGGCCAUAGCCAAUUAAUUCUUUUGAACUUCGGUGUUAAGUGGGUCCCAACCCUGUCAUGGGGUUGUUGUGAGUCAAAGGCAAUACUGCCUAUGUGUGAGGUACUUCGUAAAGACCAGAAAACUGUAAAGAUAUGAUAUUGAAGUCUGAGAAUAAUCUGUAGGCUCAACGGGUCUUUUGACCCUGAAGGUGGUUCAAAGAGCAGGAAGCUUCCCUGGGCCUUCAGAGAAACGCUCUGUCAUGCAUACAAUUUUGGCCCUCCGAUGGUAAACAGGGGUGGAUGGGUGUGGACGAGAUGUAAAAGGUUGUGUGACAUGAAAUCUCGAAACGUGCACAUGCUGAUCUCUCCUGGUUGUGAAAUGCUUGGAGCUGAGGCCUGGCGUCCAGAGACGCCUGGACAGUUGUGUGAGUGGAGAAAGCAGAGCCCAUGAGUUUCUGAAGCUGUCCCGACUGCUGCUCACAGCUCCAGGAAGGUCUGGAAGGGGGCAUCCCUUCUUGCCCAGCAUUCUGGC